CUGGCGAGGUUGUUAGCGUCAUAGUCGGCGACGACGACCAGAAUCCCGGAAAGAUAAAGGUUGUCCAGCUCAGGUCGGGCGCCUCGAAGGACGAGGCGGGCGAGCUCGUGGAGUGGAAGUCGGAGCACGGCUUCGGCUUCCUCAACAUGGACGACGGCCGGAGGGUCUACAUACACGCCUCCGUUUUCCGGGACUGCGGCAUGCGGGACCUCCAGGUCGGGCAGCGCCUGCGGGUUGUCACGAAGCCCGACGAGCGCAACCCUGGCAAGUGGGCGGUCCACGAGAUCAAGGGCGGGAUAGAGGGAGUCGGCGAGGAGGACGCCCUGCCACCGAUGCUCGCCGGGACCGUGACGGAGUGGGACAAGCGCGGCUACGGCUUCGCGGUCACCGACGUGAAGGACGGGGACAGGCGGGUUUACAUCCACCACACCGCGUUCGGCACUGGCGACUUGGAGGUCGGGGAGCGCGUCAGUAUGACGGUGGGCCCCGACAGCCGCAACCGCAGCAAGUUCAUGGCCCAGACUCUGGUGCGGGACAACGGUGCCGCGGGGGACAUGGACGCGAUCAACCGGCCCGCGAGACUUGGCGAGCUGUCGCCUUUUGCAGACGGCAGGUCCAUCGAUGCCGAGGACUGGCAGACCGGAAUGGUUGCGGACUGGAUAGAGGAGAAGGGCUACGGCUUCGUCGAGCUGGGGGACGGUCGCCGCAUCUACGUGCACCACACCUCCUUCGGCGGCGGGUCGCUCAUGGCCGGCCUCGAGCUAGAGAUUAUCCCUGCGCGGGACACGCUGCACCCCGGCAAGUGGAGAGCCGCCCAAGCGCGUGGGCCUGCAGUGAUUCCGAAGGGCUCCCUGGAACCGCCGCACAAGCGCGCCAGGCAGGGCACCUGAGCCAGCCGGUGCCGCGCGCAGGGCGCGCGGCUGGAGGGCCGCGGCGCGGUUAGAGAAAAGGGGCGCCGAGCUUCGCCCCAGAUCCUCGAGGAUCGUGGGGACAAAAACACAUUGUGGGGAA